AUGGUCAACAACAUAGACAUGUUCUUAGGAAGACCGAGAUUCAUCUUACAACACCUCGGUAUAUGGUUACCGCCUGAAAAAUAUAUUUAUCUCCGUAACCUCUAUAAAUUUUUAGUUAUGUUGACACAGUAUUCCUUUAUUUUCUUCGAGUUUAUUUAUAUAGCAGUCGUCUGGGGCGAUUUUGAUGAAGUCUCCGAGGCUUCAUAUUUACUAUUCACCCAAGCGUCAGUUUGUUAUAAGACAACGGUGUUUAUGAUGAAUAAGGAUAAUUUAAAAGAACUCUUGCGGUUUAUGGAAGUGGAGAUGUUUGCACCGCAAUCUUCUGCUCAUCAAAAGUAA